AUGUGUACAAGCAAUACUGAACAACACAAUCAAACAGGCGUCACAGAAUUCCAACUCAGGGGCCACUCAGAGGAUCCAGACCUGCAGCCCAUCCUCUUUGGACUGUUCCUGUUCAUGUACCUGGUCAUAGAGCUUGGGAAUCUGCUCAUCAUGUUGGCUUUGUACAAGCAGAAUAGAAGCACCAAAUAUGACACAUGUCUCAUGGAACUCUCAGAGGACCCAGACCUGCAGUCCAUCCUCCUUGGAUUGUUCAUGUCCAUGUACCUGGUCACAGUGCUUGGGAACCUGCUCAUCAUCCUGGCUGUCAGCUCUGACUCCCACCUCCACAACCCCAUGUACUUCUUCCUCUCCAACCUGUCCUUGACUGACAUCUGCUUCAUCUCCACCACUGUCCCAAAGAUGCUGGUGAACAUCCAAACUCACAGCAGAGCCAUCUCCUAUGUGGGCUGGCUGACACAGAUGUCACUUUUCAUCAUUUUUGGAUGUAUGAAUGACAUGCUUCUAACUAUGAUGGCCUGUGACUACUUUAUGGCCAUCUGUCAGCCACUGCAUUACCAAGUCAUCAUGAACCCUCGCCUCUGUGGCCUCCUAGUUUUGGUGUCUUUUUUCUUGGGCUUUUUGGAAUCCCUGCUGCACAAUUUGGUGCUCAAGCAAUAUAGAACUCAAAAACCUUACAUCUAUAUUGGAAUUCUAUCUCAUGGGACUCUCAGAGGACCAGACCUGCAACCCAUCCUCUUUGGACUGUUCCUGUCCAUGUUCUUGGUCACAGUACUUGGGAACCUGCUCAUCAUCCUGGCUGGCAGCUCUGACUUCCACCUCCACACUCCCAUGUACUUCUUCCUCUCCAACUUGUCCUUGACUGACCUCUGUUUCAUUGCUACCACAGUCCCAAACAUGAUGAUGGACAUCCAAACUCACAGCAGUGCCAUCUUCUAUGAGGGCUGCCUGACACAGAUGUCUUUUUUCAUCCUUUUUGGAAAUAUGGAUAAUAUGCUUCUGACUGUGAUGACCUAUGACCAGUUUGUGAUCAUCUGUCACCCCCUGCAUUACCCAGUGAAUAGCAAUGGCCAGAGAUGUGAGAUAUAA